CUUUGACUUUACCACAAUUGCAAGCGCAUUUCUUCCAAAAUUCUCAUUCCGAGGUUGAUUUAAAUCUCCCUGUCGACAGUCCCGGCCACAUUGGUGAAAUACAUAUGAUGCCAUUUUGCCAUAGGAGUACGAGACAUGUUACAGGAAGGUCCAGAUCGAGUUACGGUACUACAGACCUCAUGUCGCUCAAGCCCUACUCAGGUCCCGGAUGAUAUUGCAAAACGCGAUAGCCUUGUCUCCUCGGCCACAUCCGCGUCACAGAUACAAAGACAAAGGGUCUCAUAAAGGUCUCUUCAAGCGCAGGCAAUAUCUUUAUAUUGUAAGUGCAAGUGAACUAUCGCUUAGCAUCCUUCACUUGCACAUAUUAUCACUAAGCCCCACAACCAUGGCGCCGAAAUAUAUCUCAUUUCCGGUCUUCGCCAUCCUUAUCUUUGCUUACUUAUCCCUUCUUGCAUGUGCAAGUCCCAUCCCUGUCAUUCUUCCACCCAGUGAGGGCAUCACUCUUUUCAAGGAUGUCAUUGCGCGUGAUGUUUUACUCGAGGUUAACAUGUUGACACGCGAGCCUGCUCUACUUUUGGAGCUGCAUGAAGCCGAUGCCGUCUUGGUGCGAGACGAAGACGCAGGACUUGUCGCAGAACCCUCCAUACUCGUUGAUGAUCCUGGCGAUGCUCUGGAAGCACGUAUAUGUCGUUAUGGAUGCCUUUGAUUUUUUCUGUAGCAUUCCUCGCGCUGACGUGCUGUAUAUCUACUACAUCCAUUCAGGCCGGUACUCUCUGGAGAGCUUGUGUCGUCUCUCCGUCCGCUCCUUUCUCAGUUUUUUUUCUUUCUGCUAUGUAUUUUUGAUGGCCUAUCCUCUGAUUUGGUAUGGAUGAACUCGCUCGAUGCGACUGAAAAAUACUAUAUACCCCUGUCUUCAUUACUGGCUUGUGUAAAAUUGAGCUCAGUGUGCUCUCAAUUUACCAGCUCAUAUCAUAUAUCGUCCCGACCCUUGAGCCCAC